CGUCACCGGCCCGUAUGCGUUACCUGUGCGUGGAGCGGCGCUGUACGCGAGACGGGUGUGUGUUGCUAGUCAUGGCCACUCGCCGAGCUCUGCACUUCGUAUUCAAAGUGGGAAACCGGUUCCAGACGGCACGUUUCUAUCGUGAUGUCCUAGGGAUGAAGAUUCUGCGUCAUGAAGAAUUUGAAGAAGGCUGCAAAGCUGCCUGUAAUGGGCCUUAUGAUGGGAAAUGGAGUAAAACAAUGGUGGGGUUUGGACCUGAGGAUGAUCAUUUUGUGGCAGAACUGACUUACAAUUACGGCAUCGGAGACUACAAGCUCGGCAAUGACUUCAUGGGUAUCACACUUGCCUCGAGCCAGGCUGUCAGCAAUGCCAGGAAGCUGGAGUGGCCACUCCGUGAAGUUGCAGAAGGGGUUUUUGAAACUGAGGCCCCAGGAGGAUAUAAGUUCUAUCUGCAGAACAGCAGUCCACCUCAGUCAGAUCCUGUAUUAAAAGUAACUCUAGCAGUGUCUGAUCUUCAGAAGUCCUUGAACUACUGGUCUAAUCUACUGGGAAUGAAAAUUUAUGAAAAAGAUGAAGAGAAGCAGAGGGCUUUGCUGGGCUAUGCUGAUAACCAGUGUAAACUGGAACUGCAGGGCAUCCAGGGUACAGUUGAUCAUGCAGCAGCUUUUGGAAGAAUUGCCUUUUCUUGCCCCAAGAAAGAGUUGCCAGACUUAGAAGACUUGAUGAAAAGAAAGAACCAGAAGAUUCUGACUCCUCUGGUGAGCCUGGAUACGCCAGGGAAAGCAACUGUACAAGUGGUCAUUCUGGCUGACCCUGAUGGACAUGAAAUUUGCUUUGUGGGGGAUGAAGCAUUUCGAGAACUUUCUAAGAUGGAUCCAAAGGGAAGCAAAUUGUUGGAUGACGCAAUGGCAGCAGAUAAAAGUGAUGAAUGGUUUGCUAAACAAAAUAAACUAAAGGCUUCAGGUUAGCAGAAGACACCACAUGGAACGAGCACUUACGAUUCCUGUCUAGCACCUGUGAGGCCUGAUGUGUCCAAUUAUGAUACACACGCUCUCACAACUUGGUUGUUUCCUGAACAGGCUGGGGUGGUGAAGAUUUGUGUAUUUUAAUCUUUCAAAGCUCUGAUUUAUUUUAGGUAUAAAAUCCUAUUAUCAUCACUCCAAUUGGAGGAGAACUCUUGCUUUAAUCUGCAUUGUCACUGGAAUGGCAUGAUCUGUGUGUCACCAUUAGAUAAGUAAGAAAUUAUUUUUGGCCCGGGGCAACUGUAUGUAACGUUACCUUUGGUUGGAGAUGGAGGGAAUUUUGACAAGCAUGUAGAUCUUAGGAGAAAAACUGUUCAAAUGAAUCCUAAUCAAAUGCUUAUAACAGGACUAUUUCCAGCAUCUGAUGAUACUGUGCUGUGCUAACAUCUCACUCUAGCACGCCUUGACAUUUAAACAUUUUUGAAGAAAUUAUGUCCUCAAACCAAAAGAUUUAGUUAACACCCACACACUCCUUACUUUAAAAGUUUACGUAGCCAGAGAAAACAGACGGAAGAAUCUAAUAAUAUGUUGUGCUACCUGCCUAGCUCUAUGCUGUUUUCUUAUAUAAUUUUUUUUUAAACCUCACAAGAAGAGAACAUGUUGAAUUUGGAAUAAAUGAUAUCUUCAGCCUGAAAAAAGGUUUUUUUUUAAUGUCUUCCUAUAGUUUGCUGUUUUGUUCUAUAGAACAAAUUUUGUAAUCACUGGAAACAGAAUUAUAUUGGACAUAUUUAUUAUUAAAUGUGUUUUGAAGAUGUACUUCUAAAAUCAAGCUGUUAACACCAACCUGUAAGAUUCCUUAUUUGAAGUGGUGGCCAGGUUCAAAUUUUAGGAAGGAAACUGAGGAGCUUGGAAAGGACUGACUCAGAGGAUACCAGUUCCAGAGUAAUGCGAGUGUAUAAAAAUGACUUGUAAAUCAUAGUCUCUCCUCUUCUCCUUUGCUGGCAGGUGGGAUAUGGAAAUUUCAGGGUUUUUGGCUCACCUUCUUACAGGUGAUCUUACCUUCUCUGGGAGAAAAAAAUCCUUUUCCAGCUUCAAGGCACUUUUCAUUCGACUUAAAUUUUCUGUCUUAGGGAAGCUAUCAUGAGUUUCAAAGCAAACCAAAUUAUGUGUCCUCCAGACAUUUGGUUCCCGUUUUUUUCCUGUAUGUAGGGAAAUUAUUGUACGAAUUUUGAAUGACCAAAUAAACCUCUGUGUCUCUUUGGACUAUGAUUUGUUAAUUCUCAGAUUUUCUAUUAGAGUAUUAAGUAAAUCUUGAUGUUGAUCUCUAGUAAUACUGUUCUCGUGAAAAGAAACUACUUUUCCCCGUGUUUUAGGAUGCUGUGAUGUGGCCUUCUAAGUUUGUUACAGUAAAAUAAGUGGUUUAUGUAAGUACUGAAUGACUAAACACAUACUAGAUUCCUCUUUGUCUGCUUAUCUUGUAUUUUAACAUACAUACCCCCGAUUUUUUCUCUUAAAUGUACAGCUAGCAUGAUAGAAGUUGGUGCAAUUUACCUACCUGGGAUAUUUGGGCUUUAUGAUACCGGCCCUCUUUUAUUUAUCUCAUCACCUGUCAUUUUUCCUUUGUUGCAAUCUUUAAUAUUUUACUCAUCCUAAAACCCUUUCACAUACAACUUUGGCCUUUUAAAGGAAUCCAGAGUUUACCUCUGCACAGUACAGCUAGUAAUUUUAAACCAAAAGUUAUGAUUACUUUCUCACCUCUGGAAAUGGUGUGAUCAACUAGAAAACAAAGUUAUAAGAGAAAUGCUUUUGUCCACGCUGAUGUUUUUAAACAGAUGACGCUGGAAAUUUUUUCAUUUUCUCCAGAGUUAUUUUUUCAGAGUAAUCAUUGUUUUUUACUUGAAGGGUCGUGGAGUCCUAGUGUAUUAAGUUUAAUAAGUUCAAAUAUCCCUUGAGUUUACAUCCAGAGUUUUAGAAUGGCUGUGUUGCCAGAGUUCUCCUUGGUUAACCUGGAGAGUUAGUUAGUAUGAAAUCCAUCACUGCCGGAUAUCUUGGUGGAAUUAGCAAAGACAUGGACCUUGAGUGCUCCUUUAUGUGACUUUCUGCCCCAUCCUACCUAUCACACGAUGCCAUUGCGGUUUAGCAGAGUUUUCAGGAGGGCUCAAACUUGUCCACUGAAAUGUAUGGUAGGAGUUCAUGGGAAGUUCCAAUGUGGUCUAAGAUUUUAUUACCGUUACUGGGAAAUACAUAGGAAAUGUAUGCAGGCCUAAAUGAUCAAUAAAGAAGUGCGCUUGCCUCA